AUGCCCGCCGCUUACCCGCAACGGACCCUCGCGGUGCUGCUGCUCUUCGGCACGCUGGCCGCGGCCAUGGCCYUGCUGGCCUCCAGCCUCAUCUUCCAGCUGCCGGCGGGCCGGGCCGGCCUCGGGGCCGGUGCCGGGGCGCUGCCGCCGGCCGCSGCCGCGGUUCUGCUGCCGGUGUCGGCCGUGCUGGCGUCGCUCUGCCUGGUGCUCAACGUGAGCUGCCUCCUGCUCUGCCUCCUCCACGGCUACUUCAGCACCGAGCUGUGCCGGGGACAGCCCGGGACCGAGCGAGCGGACUGGUUCCUGCUGGACAGCCGGAGUGUCCGCCACRCUGCCCUCGGCUUGUUCUGCUGCGGGGUCUCCGUCUACCUGACAGCUCUCGCCAUCUACAUGCUGCUGCUGUUCGAGCCGGAGGCCGGCAUCGCCAGCGCCUGCAUCCUCUCCUCCGGCAUCGUCGUGCUGCUGGUGGCGGUGACGCACGCGCUGCUGCGGGCGUCCCAAGCCUCGCGCCGCAGCGGCUCCGAGGCCUCUCACACCCUCUACGAGAAUGCCGCCGCCCACGGUGCCGAAGCCUCCGCCAACGAUCCGAACAGCAAGAGCGCGGCUGCGCCUUGGCCUGAGAUCCGCCGGGAAUUCUCCUUCCCUCCUUGCCUGGAGCGCAAAUCCCAGCUGGACUCCGCCGCCAGCAGCGAGCUGCCCUCCUCAGGGCCUCAAUCCGAGAGGGAGAGCUCCAAGCUGCCCCGCAUGCACAGGACGCUGUCGGCAGAGUCAGGGCUGCUGCAGCUGCAGGGCAAGCCCUGGAACGGCGUCACRCAGGAGAUGAGGAAUGUCCUGUCAUCCCGGAAACCCGCGGCCUCSGGGAAGGAUUCCACGCUGGUGUGAGGGGAGAUGAGACCGCUCUGUCCCAGCUCAGCGCAGCAGGGCCAGGACUUGUGGUUCAGUAGGUCACGCCAGAACCCACAUGUGGAGGAGCCUCAAAGGGGGCUGGCUGCUUUUCCAUCCUCUGCCCUCCCGUGUGCUGGGACCUUGGUCCUCUCCCCAAAUGUGGCUAAAUUACCCUCCUGGGGAGCUCAGAGARCAGACAGAGCCCUGGACGACCAGUCUGUGCAGCCACAGCCCCAUGCUCUGCACUUCUGCUGCAAAGAUGCAACCUCCACUGAACCCCAAAGUGCUUGGCCGCCUGUCCCGAGCCUCCAGGAUGAAUACUUAAGUURCAAGCCCUUUAAAGUGAUCUCCAAAGCUCCGUGUACAGCUCUGCUUUCCACUGUUUGACACAGGAUGAAGAACAACCGUUUUUUUGAGAGCAAGACCAUUUCUUUUGCCUUUGAAAAAAAGCUCUAAAUCUGCAUGUCUUUGUUUUGCUCCCUGCCUUUUGAAACACACAGGCAGCAGGCUCCAAGACCCCCCCAGCCCAAGCGAGCAAGACGGGGAAAGCUUUAGACARAACUUUCAUGCUUUUCUUUUUAUUGUUCUCACUAAAAACCAAACUCAGCAACUCUGGCAAACACAUGAAAAAACCUCUCCUUGCAGAAUGCCUCCUGAACAAGGCUGAAGUAUGUCCACUUCAGGUCCUUUUAUACRGUCC